UUUUUUGAAGCAGAGCUGAGCUGGUUGCCGUUUCAAUCACAGGGAAGGCAGCGAGAGAGAGAGAGAGAGAGAGAGAGAAGGGAGGCUCUGCAGGAGGGAUGUAAGAAAGAUGGCAGAGCUACAAAUGUUGUUAGAGGAAGAGAUUCCUGCCGGUAAAAGAGCGCUCGUGGAGAGUUACCAAAACCUCACCAGAGUAGCAGACUACUGCGAAAACAACUAUGUGCAGGCCCAGGACAAGAGGAAAGCUCUGGAGGAGACCAAAGCCUAUACCACCCAGUCCCUGGCCAGCGUGGCCUACCAGAUCAAUGCCUUAGCCAACAAUGUGCUGCAGCUGCUGGACAUCCAGGCCUCGCAGCUGCGGCGCAUGGAGUCCUCCAUCAACCACAUCUCCCAGACGGUGGACAUCCACAAAGAGAAGGUGGCCCGGCGGGAGAUCGGGAUCCUGACCACCAACAAGAACACCGCGAGGACCCAUAAGAUCAUAGCGCCGGCUAACAUGGAGCGGCCUGUCAGGUACAUCAGGAAGCCCGUUGACUACAACGUACUGGACGACGUCGGCCACGGCGUUAAGUGGCUAAAAGCCAAGCAACAUGGAAACAAUCAGUCAGUCAGAGGAGGAACACUAUCGAGGACAAAUCCGCCGACGCAGAAGCCGCCGAGCCCUCCCAUGUCAGGGCGCGGCACGCUCGGACGCAACACGUCCUACAAGACCCUGGAGCCGGUGAAGCCGCCCACGGUGCCCAACGACUACAUGACCAGCCCCGCCCGACUUGGCGCCCAGCACGGCCAGCAGAGCCCCGGACGCACGGCGUCGCUCAACCAGAGGCAACGCACACACAGUGGAAGCAGCGGGGGUAGCAGCAGCAGAGAGAACAGCGGCGGCAGCAGCAUUGGCAUUCCCAUCGCUGUGCCUACGCCCUCCAUCCCCAACUCUGGACCAGUGGUGGCCCCUGGGCCUGGUCUGGGCCCCGCUCCAAUGUCCCAGUUUGGAACCAUCUCGCGGCAGAUUUCGCGGCACAACCCCUCCAACUCCUCUGUCUCUAUGGUUUCGGCCACGGGCACCUACCGCCGGGCGCCGUCGGUCACUUCCCAGUUCUCCUUGCAGCAGCAGCAACAGCUACAGCAGCAACAGCUACAGCAGCAGCAGCAGCAGCAACAGCAGCAGCCUCAUAUUAAUGGAGGCACUCCUGGCUAUGGCCAGAACUCAAUGUCUGUCGCUCCUCCUCCUCCCCCCAUGCCCCAGCUGACUCCACAGAUACCUCUGACUGGCUUUGUGGCCAGGAUGCAGGAGAGCAGUAAGUCUUCAGUGGUGGCCAUCUACGACUACAACAGGGACAAGGACGACGAGCUGAGCUUCAUGGAGGGGGCGAUCAUCUACGUCAUCAAGAAGAACGACGACGGUUGGUUCGAGGGCGUGUCCGGCGGCGUCACCGGGCUGUUCCCUGGCAACUACGUGGAGUCCAUCAUGCACUACGUGGACUGAGGAGUAAACAGUAAAGUCUAUUUAUUCAGUCGUAUCGUAAUCCACUGAGACUGACCGCCGACAUUCUUGACUCCUGAGAUAGAUGUAACUGUAUGAUCCCCUCCCCCCCUCCUUUUUUUUGAUAUGACAAUGUUCUUUCCCUUACCGAUUGCAAAUAAAAUGAAAAGUAAUAUCUAUUUAGUUUAUUUUUUGGUGUUAUAUGGGCGGGUUGGGGGAGGGGGACUUUUAUGGAAUAUGUACAAAACAAAACAUUUCUAAAGAAUUGGACUGCACGCGUUGAACUCAUAAGACGAUGGUCACACAGCUGAAGGAUGUACGACAUCAUCUUGCCUGGACCAAAAAAAAAAAAAAAAGAUUAGCGAGUCCAAGUCCCUUUAUUUUUUUUUUGAACAAGAACAUGAGGUUUGAUGGAACAAAUAAAACGUAAACACCUUCAGUUGAAGUGUUUCUACUGUCCGUUGUACAUAACGAGAGCUGCAACCGCUCGGGGUUUCUGUAAUGUGAAUUCAGUGAAUGUCGAUUAUAUGAUUAGAAGUGGCGCCGCCCUCAUUCGUUAAAUAGGAUGGCCUGUCAAUAAUUCACCAAUUAAAAGUACUGUAUAUGGUAUUUCAAAGAAAACAAUUAAUCCUGAAAAUCAGUCUUGGUGUUAAAGCAUGCAAAAUUUUAAGAGAUAUAAUGUAAUCUAAAGUUUAUCCCCAUUAUGCUUCCAUUAUGUUGUAAAUGUAUUCAGCUUUUAUUUUUAUUACACUGUUGAAAUCACUGAACUUUUUUAGACUCUGAAGUAAAUUCUCAAGCCUCCCCCACAUGGUCUCGCACGUCCUAAAUGCCACUUUGCAUUUGGACUUUAAAAUCUUAAAAAAUUGAAACUGAAUUUACUUUUUCAUCCGUUUGAGGCAAGAGAUCACAUUUCAUUUUAAAAGAUUGUCACAUCACUGUUAUUUUAUACUAAUCCACAUCAAAUCCGUGGGAUCCAUCAGUGACUGUGCUUCUGAUAGAUAGCGUGCCCGACACUGCCAUGUGACAAUUCAGAUGUAACGUAGACCAAUAAACUAAUACCUCCGCAGCCUUCACACAGACCUGCUCCGGGUUCAAAGGACCACGUUGAAUGCUCUGAACAUGAGAUCCUCCGAGGUGUACAUAUUUUAAAAUCAACAUCAGCUGUCACUCAGGUCUAGAACUCAUCGUUCCUGUCAGCCCUCGAACGCGCCAUCUAACAUGACAACUUUUAUUUUUUACCAUUUCAGGAUACUGCAGCUUAUGCCUUGAUAUUUUGCCCGCUUGCUUGCUUUAGAAAUUUCAAAUUAAAUGAAAAACAGUUUCCGGCUCAAGUUCGUGGGUCGAAAUAUUGAAAUCUGUCUGCCCUUCAUUUGUACAUAUAAUAUGUUGAUUGAAAAAGUAAUGUACAGUCUUUUAUAAUAAACAAUUCUAUGUACAACA